CGGACUCGUCUUGUACCCAAAGUACUUGAAGUCCCAGAAAGAGAUAAUGGACUCGUCUUGUACCCGAAGUACUUGAAGUCCUAGUUAAACAAAGAGUAAAAGAAAAGUUGAUUUUCUUGAUACUACAGUUUUAUACAAUAAUAUGUUUAUAUUAUCAAACAAAGCAAAGCCAGUCCAGCUGCUCCGCAACAAUACCUCACUGUCGCGCUUCCAUCCAAAACACUACACGAUGAUGCCUCGCCGUCUCCGUACGCCGCUUCAAACGGCCCAGCAAUCGCCGCCUCCGCCGUCUUCCGUCACUGCUCAACCGAAGCAAGAGAGAAGCAACGUCCGCCGCCGCCGCCGCCGCGUAGUUCUCUCUCCGACGACGCUCUUCCUUCUCCUCUUCCUUCUGCAAGCUCACUGCUAUUUCCCAGCAGCUGUCCUCAGCAACGCCGCGUCUCCGCCGCUCGCGGCGUCUCUGCUUCCGUCCGACGCCGUCUCGCUUCUGAUGUUCAAGUCCAAGGCGGACCUCAACAACAAGCUUCACUACACGCUCAACGAGCGGUUCGAUUACUGUCAAUGGCAAGGAGUGAAGUGCUCUCAGGGCCGGGUGGUCCGUCUCGUCCUCCAAGGCUCCAAUCUCCGGGGUGUAUUCGCCGCCGAUUCGCUAACUCGGCUCGACCAGCUCCGGAUUCUGAGUCUAAAGAACAACUCGCUCACCGGCGCCAUUCCUGACCUCGCCGGACUCCCGAACCUCGAAACCCUAUUCCUGAACCAUAACGACUUCUACGGAGCUUUUCCCCUCUCUCUCAUCUCCCUUCACCGCCUCGUCAUUCUCGAUCUGGCUCAUAACAAUCUCACCGGCCCGCUGCCCGGCGGACUGGCGGUUCUCAGCCGCUUGAACUACCUCCGCCUCGACUGUAACCGCUUCGACGGCUCCAUUCCGCCGUUGAACCAGUCGGAGCUCAGAGUAUUCAAUGUUUCCAGAAACAACCUCACCGGGCCGGUUCCUGUCACCCCGGUUCUAUCCAGGUUCACAAUUUCUUCAUUCUCAUCCAACCCUAACCUCUGCGGCGCGAUUGUCGACAGGCCUUGCGGAGCUUCUUCAUUCUUCAAAUCCCCUCCUGCUAAGGUCUGGCCGCCGGCCCAGCCGCUCCACCAGGAUGCUCAGCCACCUGGACAUAUCCCGCCACCUGCUCUACGGCGGCACAAGAAAACCGGCAUAAUUCUAUGCAUCGUCGUGGGAUUCCUGGUCCUAAUUGCAGCAGUUUUGUCCCUCUUGGCCUUAAUCAGAAAGCAGAGUGAAGAAAUGGAGCCCAAUUCCACAAAAGUGACAUCGAACACAGGCAACCAUAACAUGGAGAAUGUGAUGAGCUUAACUCAAGAGGAAAACAUCGAAGAAGAUGCCAAACAAAGAAAAAUACAAAAGUCACGACCGCCUCUGAAGAGAGGAAGUCUGCAGUUCUGUCAAGGGGAGGCAGAAAUGUAUUCUUUAGAGCAGCUCAUGAGAGCUUCCGCGGAGCUGCUAGGAAGGGGCACAAUUGGGACAACAUAUAAGGCAGUGAUGGAUACACAAGUUAUUGUCUCCGUUAAACGACUGGAUGCCGGAAAAACUUCAAUAACAAGCGCGGAUGCAUUCCUGCAGCACAUGGAAGCUGUAGGAGCUCUGCGGCAUCCGAAUUUGGUGCCUGUUAGGGCUUACUUCCAGGCCAAACAGGAAAGGCUAAUCAUCUAUGAAUAUCAACCCAAUGGCAGCCUCUUCAAUCUCCUCCAUGGUUCAAGAUCAACAAGGUCAAAGCCGCUUCACUGGACAUCGUGUCUAAAAAUCGCAGAAGAUGUGGCUCAAGGGCUUGCCUACAUCCACCAAGCAUCAAUGCUCAUUCACGGCAACUUGAAAUCCACUAAUAUUCUCCUCGCCUCAGACUUCGAGGCAUGUCUAGUAGAUUACUGCAUAAUAACACUAGCAGACGUUUCUCCCGGCGACGACCCUGACUCCGUGCGCUACAAAGCCCCUGAGGCACGCAAGUCUUUGCGGCGUGCCACCUCAGCUUCCGACGUCUACUCUUACGGCGUCCUUCUGUUGGAGCUCUUGUCUGGCAAACAUCCUUCCCAGCAGCCAUUCCUCUCCCCUGCUGAUAUGCCAGAGUGGGUUAGAACUGUGAGGGAAGACGACGAAGAAGAUGAAGACAGAUGGCUUGAAAUGCUAGUUGAACUAGCAAGUAUUUGUAGCUUGACAUCCCCAGAGCAGAGGCCCACUAUGAGACAAGUCCUAAAAAUGAUUCAGGACAUUAAGGAUUGCAAUGGUUGAGUCCUGGAAAUGCUCAGAAAUGGAUCAAUGGAUGUUUCAAAACUUUUUUGGAUUUCCGUUAUAGUGGGGAGCGGUCAACAGGUACGGUCAACUGUAAAUGUCAAAAAUUUUAAUGUACCCAUGUGAGGGAUGGCAACAGUUUCCAUCUGCGUAGAGGUCAUAAUCUCCAUUUAUGUGAACUUUAUUUUUACCCAUUCCCUUGUUGCAAAAGGGUGGCUAAGGCCUUGCGUCAACCAUGUGUCCAUAUGUACUUUUAAGUUGUAACUUCCACCUAGGUGCUAGGGAUAAGGGAUGGAUAUAAGGAUAGGUCGGAUCGGGCUGGUCUUUCAA